GCUAGUCACUCCACAGAUUUCCACACAGUCAAAGUUUAGAGUUACUCGAGAUCGGACAUGUCUUUCGAAAAAAGUGAAACUUCCCCCGUGGUCCAGACCACACAUGGAAAAGUGCAGGGAACGCGGUUGAAGGGUCUUUAUGACAAUGAAUUCUAUGUUUUUGAUGGCAUCCCAUAUGCUGCUCCUCCACUUGGAUCUCUUCGCUUUAAAGAGCCAAAAGAGCUGCAACCGUGGACAGGGACUCGAGAUUGCUCCAAGCCAGCUAGCAAGUGCUUGCAAUUGGCAUCAUUAACAAAAAUGGUUGAGGGUUCAGAGGAUUGUCUCUACUUAAAUAUAACAGUGAAGACGCUGCAAAGCGAGAAACCCUUACCCCUUAUGGUUUAUAUCCAUGGUGGGCAAUUUCUUCGCGGAGAUGCUUCGAGACAAACUUGGGGUCCGGACUAUUUUAUGGAAGAGAAUGUCAUUCACGUAAGCAUUGGAUAUCGCAGUGGACCUUUCGGAUUUCUCAGCUUUGCUGAUCCCUCGCUGGAUAUUCCUGGAAAUGCUGCUCUUAAGGAUAUUAUUAUGGCCCUUCGAUGGAUAAAGGCUAAUGCAACUAAUUUUAAUGGUGACCCCGAUAACAUUACCAUUUUUGGCCACAGCUCGGGCAGCGUGUUGGUUCAUAUGCUGCUGGCCAGUCCACAAGCAGAAGGACUCUUCCAUAAGGCAAUCCUUAUGGCGGGUUUUUUUAUGGAGCUUAACCCUCUGCCACAUUUGGAGUUCCGUUUGGCGAAGCGUUUGGGCUACGAGGGAAAUAAUGUCGAUAGCCAGGUUUUGGAGUUCCUGUUGAAGGCUGAUCCGCAACUGCUCGUUUCUGGUGAUGUUUUUAGCCCAGAGGAGAAGGCAGAAGGUAUCAAUUUAUCGUUUAAACCCACCGUAGAGAAGUAUGCAACUCCCAAUGCUGUUUUAUUGGCGGAGCCCAAAGAAAUGCUGCGAAACAGUUGGAGCAACCGCAUUCCCAUCAUUUUGGGCGCUAAUACUGAUGAGGGCCUACUCAGUAUAGUUGGUUUUAAAACUGAUCCUAGUGUCUUGCAGGGGUUCCGGGAAAACCCAGAGAAAGUACUUCCCUUUGGUCUUAAGAUCACCUGCAACUCCGCUGAAAAGCGUGAAAUGGGUCUCAAAAUGCUUGAGUAUUUCUGUCAGGCGAAUGGUAAACAACUAAGCUUAUAUCAUUUCGAUGCUAUAAAAGAUAUUUUCACCCACCAUACCUUUCACUCGCUAUACCGAAUGAUCCAAUCCAGACUGGCUUACGCUCAGGCACCGACUUAUUUCUACCGCUUCGACUUUGAUUCGCCGGACUUUAACUUGUACCGGAAUCGCUUUUGGGGAAAGGAGCAGCGUGGAGUCAAUCACGUGGAUGAGCUGGGCUACAUAUAUGUCAUGCCAGACACUUUUAAAUUGGACAAAUCCCGACCAGAGUUUACCACUAUUUGCCGAAUGGUAUCAAUGUUUGUGCAUUUCGCCGCCACCUCAGAUCCCAAUUCACCGCUUACAAAACCUCUUGUGGAUUGGAAGCCCGUAAGCUCGGGACCUGCGCGUAUGGUCCUCAACAUCGGCGAGCAACUGGAGUUUAUUUCGCAUAACAUGCCUAAACUAGAGCUCUAUGACCAACUAUUAGAACAGGCUGGAGUGUCCCUUAUUUAGUCUUUAUAAAACAAUCCUUUCACAAGUUUGUUAUGGAACCUUAAAUUGAGCAGGCCAAAGUUAGGAUACGAUGGCAUGCCUCUUAAUAAAUGGUUAGCCUAUGGUGCUAAUAAUAAAACACUUA